CCCAAAAAUCCCUCGAAAUCAGCUCGCAAAAUUUUAAAAGUAAAAAAUCUCGCGUUUAUUUUUUUUUUGAUAAAUUCUUGUGUCAACAACAUUAUCUACGUUUUUCGUCUGUUCGGUGAUAUAACUACUUCUCGGUGAGAAUCUCCCACCCACACGAUAGGUGCUCACCGUGGUCGCGCUCGAUCGGUUCGGAACAAAAACACGUAGAACAACUUUGGAGCAGGCAGGUGCCUGGAAGCAGGGAACGGUGCGGUCCGGCGGAACGGGUCUCUCCAAACGCAGGUGUGUGACGACAAUGCUGAGUUGACCGCGCGCGUGUGCUAGCGCUCUAGUUUCAGUGAGUAAUUGUGUUGUGAAGAAUCACGCUUUUGGACACACAAUUACCACAUCGGGGGGUUACAUAACAGAAGCCGCGCCGCGGGUUGGGAACGGGAUCGCGGGAAUCGACGGGCCAAUCUGUUGCGCGCACCGAGUUUGUUUUGUGUCUUUUUUGGUGGGUGUAAUUUGCUAUGACUUUGUUCACCGCAGAGGAAGCGUUCGCGAUGAGAACAGAGUGUUUCGGAACGGGACCUGCGUCGUGAAACGGUCCCACUGCUGUAAGGGAAAGUAGGACAACGCCGGCGAACCGUGUCGAUAGUUGGCAGCGUUUGUAAAUUAAUUAUCUAAAAGAAGAACGAGCAACAAUAAGAUCAAACCGAGCAUUCUCGAAACGAGAUUCGUCAAAAUUCCUGCGUCAAACGAAACGACGGCCCAGGCGAUGGCCGUGGUGCGGCCGGAAAUGGAUGCGAGACCCGCGGCGCUACCGGGCGCGCGAGUCCCGCUCUUUUGCUGGAAGGAGUUUGCGUGCGGUUGGGGGGCGGCCUUCGUCAACAUCGCCGUCACGUACCCGAUCUACAAGAUGAUAUUCCGCCAGAUGCUGCACGGCGUCCAGCUGCACCAGGCCUUCGGGCAGAUCCGGGGCGAGGGCAUCACGUUCCUCUACCGGGGGAUCUUUCCCCCGUUGGCGCAGAAAACAAUCUCCCUCUCGGUGAUGUUCGGCGUGUACGACGGGACGAGGCGGCCGCUCGUCGAGUGGUGCGGCAUGAACGAGUACGUGGCCAAAAGCAUUGCGGGCGUGACGGCCGGCACGGUGGAGGCGGUGCUGAUGCCGUUCGAGCGCGUCCAGACGCUGCUGGCGGACGCGACGUACCACGCCAAGUAUCGGAACACGCAUCAUGCCUUUCGACUGAUCUACAUCGAGCACGGCUUCCGGGAGCUGUACCGGGGCCUCGUCCCCAUCCUGUGGCGCAACGGUCCCUCGAACGCGAUGUUUUUCGUGAUGCGCGAGGAGGCGGACCGGCGGUUACCGAAAAGAGCCACGGCGGUAACCCAGCGGACGCAGGAGUUCUUCGCGGGGGCCUGCAUCGGCGCGUUCAUCAGUUCGGUGUUCUAUCCGAUCAACGUGCUCAAGGUGACGAUGCAGAGCAAGCUGGGCGGCCCGAACGAGAGCAUGUGGGUGGCGCUGCAGCAGGUGUACAACGAGCGCGACCGGAAGCUGCGGAACGUGUACAAGGGCGUCAGCAUGAACUGCACGCGGGCCUUCUUCAGCUGGGGCAUCAUGAACAGCGCGUACGAACAGCUCAAGAAGGUGUUCUACUAGCGACCAAAUGGUGGGUGUGUGUUGUGUAGUAUUUUCUAGUCUAGGACAAACAUGCUGAAAGCGUUGUACAGGUAGGUCAAAAUAUUCUAUUCUUCGAAUGCUUUCUUGUAUGCGUUUCGAAAACUUGUAAAUAUAUUGAAAUCUGUAAACUGUCGUAUAGUUAUGUGUGUGCGAAAUAGUUCAAUGUUUCUCGUUCACGCUGAGUCCCCUGAACGAGUCCAACUCCCGCGUUCUGUGCAUUUAAAACACGUACCACACAAUACCCACUUCAUUUCUGACGCGUUUUAAGCAAAUCUAGACAAACGAAACCGAAAUCAGCCAAACUGCUUGUGUUUGUAACAAAUUACUGAUGUGCAAAAAGUGCUACUAUUUUAGAGUUUUACAUGAGUAAGAGUGAUAGAGUUAGCAGUGGGUGCUAAAAGCAGAAAAUAAAAGCAGCAGCGUGGCUGUUGAAUUGUGAAUGUUGAAGCACAAUAAUAGAUUUAAAAUUGAUAAAGUGAACACUGG